UUUUAGGGAAGAACCCUAAAAAAUGAAACGAGGAAUACUUCCAGAAUUUCCUUUCCGUCGCUUCCUCUUCUCCUUUACUCUUCCUCUUCGUUGCUUCUUCUUCCUUUUCCUCGCUUCCUCUAAUAUAUCUCUGUGCAAUCAAACCUCCCUAAAUCUCAUUUAUGGCUCCCUUUCACCUUCCUCUGUCUGAGUUUCUUUAUAACUCUCUCUUUCCACAAAUCGUGUAUGAUAUUAGUGAUGUUCCUCUUGAUGAAGAAAUCUCCGAAACCUUAAAGGGUCCGGUUUUGCUGAUUUUCGUUCCUCUUCCGAGUAGAAACAAAUGUGAAAAUGUGCGUCUGAGUUUCUGUCGUGAGGGUCUUUGAGUGUUCGGGUGAAGUCAGCAUUCCCGCCCUCGGAAUCUCUGACCAACCUUCCAAAAUAGGAAUGGAAGCAAAAGGAAGAGGACAAGACGUGUUCUACAUAAAGGAUUUCCAGAUGGCCAUUGACGCUAUGUCGCUUACCCACAAGUAUUUAACACUAAAACUACUUCUAGAACUCAGAGGAAUUUCUUUGGUACCCUUGAGACAAUGAGUCAUGGGAAGAUUCUUUAUGCCUUAUUGCAGGACUCAGGAGAAGAAGUUUGACACCUAUUGAAGAGAUCUCUAAACAUUAAAACUCUUCACCAGGAGUGCUGGAAGCACAUAAAUUGAUGAGACAGCCAAUGCUUUUUAGGAGGGAAUAAUUACAGCAAAGAGAUCAUCGAUGCAGCAGCCAACGCGUUUCCGAUAAGCUGUAGAUGCUAGAAGGAAGUUUCAUGUCAAAGACAGGAUUAAGGCCAAACCAUAUCUAGAAAUGGCUAUGUUUAGUAUCCGUGUGAAGUUUUGCUUUUGUUUCUUACCCUAUGCAGUUGUUGCCUAAAUUUACUUAAAUGUACUAAAAAUUCAGGAAUAGAGUUUUAUUUGUCUGAUUUACAACUUUGAUUUUCUUUAAAUGUAAAAUAUUAAUUUUGUUUGUUUUAGUUAACAUUUUAUUGAAUUUUUUUCCCAAAAAAAUCUAAUCAAC